UGAAAGUAUCUGUAAAGCUCAGAUGAGAAUUUUUUUUACAGAUAUAUUGAAAGGAAGCAGGAAAUGAUUAUGUUCCUGUAAGUAAGGAGCAAAGGUAAAAAGAUCAAGUCGUUAAAUUUAAGAAGGUAAAAAAGGGAGCAUCGGAGCAGACAAAGAAUACUUCCAGAUACAGUUUCACUCUCUCCAUUCUAGCUCGUGACUUCAUUCCCUUCUAAUGAGCGCAACUAUUCCCUUAUUAAACUCAUGUUAAAGUAAUAACCAGAAACGAUGUUGAAUAACGGUUCAAAGAAUUCAGCCACUGCACAGGGGACAACCUGAAGCUGUGAAAUCCUUUAUGUUUUUUAAGGGAAGGAAGAAGAAUGUCUAUGGAGGUUUCAGAACAUACAGAAACUUCCCUACCUACAACUAGCAGUGAAAUCAGCUCCACUGAACCACCUGUUACGAUGGCUUCCACACUAUUAUUUGCAGACAACUCUGUUACUGCUUUUAAAGAAACUGGCAAUGAGAGUGCUGGAGGAACAGAAUUGAGCAAAAUCCUUCUCUUCACUUUUCCUAUUUUCAUACUGAUCAUUAUAAUACCACUAAUUAUAUUCAUAGUUAAACAGAAACGGUGGAAAAAGGCAACUAAGGGAGAAACAAAAGAUGAAGAAACAAAAAGUCCUAUAUUUGAAGAGGACACACCCUCUGUCAUGGAGAUUGAAAUGGAGGAGCUUGAUAAAUGGAUGAACAGUAAGAAAAAGAAUGGUAAACGUUUGUCCACACUGGAAGAGGAAAAUAAGCUUCAUGCGAGUUUAUGUGAGGAUGAAUUCUGAUUAAGAAUGGAACUUACCCAGCGCAAAAGGACUUUCUAAGAAAUCGGAGACAGCCACAAUGCCUUCACUUUCACUGCUGUGACUGAUUCAUUGGACAGAAGCUUUGCCAUAAUGAAUUAUACAGGUUUCUGAGGACAGACAGAUGGUAGAUCCUUUCUUUAAAUGCUGUAUAUAGCAAUAAGUCAGUAUAACAUCUUUAUAUAUGUUUAGAAAACAAGACAGCAAUUGUAGGUGUUAUUGUGGCUUUGGAUACAUUAUACGUGAAAUAUUUGAUCAUAUCUGCAUUCAUAAUGCAUGUCAAGAGAGCUACAUUGUCUGUGUUUGAGUAUAAGGUACUGUAAAUACAAAGUGUCAUAUUAUUUCAGGGCAUAAGCAAGACAGCAUGUAUUGUAAGCCCUGGCUUCUCUUGUGUUGGUCUGUAUGUGCCGUAUGAGAAUGUGAAUGUAUGAACAUUUUAGGGGUCAUUUAUUACCGCAAGUGACAAAGUGCAAUUUCAAGUACAAUGUUAUUUUCCCAACAAUUCACCAUUUCCCAGGUUCCUAGAAGUCAAGUGUUGUUGUAGUCACCUGGGGGAAUCAAAAUGAAAGCAAUUGCACUCACACUUGGGUACAACUGUGCUGAAAGUCUGGCUUAUUUGACCAGUGUUUAGCAUGAGAGUGACAAGUGUGACCAGUUCUUUAGACACAAAAGUACUGCACCUAUUGAUACAGGGAGCUGUAGAAAUCUUGGAGCUACUGCCUGUAAAUGUCCCAUUAUCUCUGUCUUUCUCUGAUCUCAUACACUCUCUUUGCCUCUUGUAAUCAUCUCACUGUAAAUUCAUAAAAGAGGAAAUUGUCCUACGGGAUCACGGGAGCAAAGUAGAAAUCCUGUGCCAAAACCAGAGAAACAUGAGUAUCCCUCCUGACUCUUCAUCCCAAAACUGCCAGCCAUAGAUUUGUUUAUUGGUGUAAAAUAUUCUUUCUGAAGCUCUGAAUUCACAUUUCAUGAUAUGCCUAUGUUUACAUUUUGUUUGACUAUAUACCACUAAUGAUUUAUAAAAUAAAGGUAACAAUGGUA